AACACUGAAAAAAAAAGAGAGAGAGAGAGAAAGAGAGCAAGAGAGGGGGGAAAAAAGGAAAGGAAAAAAAACGGGGGGGGGGGGGGAGGCAGACAGACACACACUUUAGAUAAGGACAAUUAGUCACCAGUGAGACCCUGUAGGAAGAGAGGUUUAAAUCAGAGGGAUUUAAUGAGGGUGCUCUGUGCCUUCCCUGAAGCCAUGCCCUCUAGCAACUCCCGCCCCCCCUCGUGCCUAGCCCCGGUGGCUCUCUUCUUGGCUCUGUUGCUCCAUCUCUCCCUUUCCUCCCAAGCUGGAGACAGGAGACCCUUGCCUGUAGACAGAGCUCCAGGUUUGAAGGAAAAGACCCUGAUUCUACUUGAUGUGAGCACCAAGAACCCAGUCAGGACAGUCAAUGAGAACUUCCUCUCUCUGCAGCUGGAUCCGUCCAUCAUUCAUGAUGGCUGGCUCGAUUUCUUAAGCUCCAAGCGUCUGGUGACCCUGGCUCGGGGACUUUCGCCCGCCUUCCUGCGCUUCGGGGGCAAAAGGACCGACUUCCUGCAGUUCCAGAACCUGAGGAACCCGGCGAAAAGCCGCGGGGGCCCCGGCCCGGAUUACUAUCUCAAAAACUAUGAGGAUGACAUUGUUCGAAGUGAUGUUGCCUUGGAUAAACAGAAAGGCUGCAAGAUUGCUCAGCACCCUGAUGUUAUGCUGGAGCUCCAGCGGGAGAAGGCAGCUCAAAUGCAUCUUGUUCUUCUAAAGGAGCAAUUCUCUAAUACUUACAGUAAUCUCAUAUUAACAGCCAGGUCUCUAGACAAACUUUAUAACUUUGCUGAUUGUUCUGGACUCCACCUGAUAUUUGCUCUAAAUGCACUGCGUCGUAAUCCAAAUAACUCCUGGAACAGUUCUAGUGCCCUGAGUCUGUUGAAGUACAGUGCCAGCAAAAAGUACAACAUAUCUUGGGAACUGGGUAAUGAGCCAAAUAACUAUCGAACCAUGCAUGGCCGGGCAGUAAAUGGCAGCCAGUUGGGAAAGGAUUACAUCCAGCUGAAGAGCCUGUUGCAGCCCAUCCGGAUUUACUCCAGAGCCAGCUUGUAUGGCCCUAAUAUUGGGCGGCCCAGGAAGAACGUCAUCGCCCUCCUAGAUGGAUUCAUGAAGGUGGCAGGAAGCACAGUGGAUGCAGUUACCUGGCAACAUUGCUACAUUGAUGGCCGGGUGGUCAAGGUGAUGGACUUCCUGAAAACUCGCCUGUUAGACACACUCUCUGACCAGAUUAGGAAAAUUCAGAAAGUGGUUAAUACAUACACCCCAGGAAAGAAGAUUUGGCUUGAAGGUGUGGUGACCACCUCAGCUGGAGGCACAAACAAUCUAUCAGAUUCCUAUGCUGCAGGAUUCUUAUGGUUGAACACUUUAGGAAUGCUGGCCAAUCAGGGCAUUGACGUUGUGAUACGACACUCAUUUUUUGACCAUGGAUACAAUCACCUUGUGGACCAGAAUUUCAACCCAUUACCAGACUACUGGCUCUCUCUCCUUUACAAGCGCCUGAUUGGCCCCAAAGUCUUGGCUGUGCAUGUGGCUGGGCUCCAACGGAAGCCACGGCCAGGCCGAGUGAUCCGGGACAAACUAAGGAUUUAUGCUCACUGCACAAACCACCACAACCACAACUAUGUUCGAGGGUCCAUUACACUUUUUAUCAUCAACCUGCACCGAUCAAGAAAGAAAAUCAAACUGGCCGGGACCCUCAGGGACAAGCUCGUGCACCAGUAUCUACUGCAGCCCUAUGGACAGGAGGGCCUGAAGUCCAAGUCAGUGCAGCUGAAUGGCCAGCCCUUAGUGAUGGUGGAUGAUGGGACCCUCCCAGAACUGAAGCCCCGCCCCCUGCGGGCCGGCCGGACAUUGGUCAUCCCUCCAGUUACCAUGGGCUUUUAUGUGGUCAAGAAUGUCAACGCUUUGGCCUGCCGCUACCGAUAAACCACCCUCACAGUCACAAGCUACCAGCAGGCCUGCUGAACUGCUUUCCACUCUCCUGCCCUAAUAGUGUCCUUAUUUUUCAGACAUCUUCUUAGCAACAAAACAGUCUCUGCUGCCCAAUCCUGCUGGAAUCAGCACAGACUUGCUCUGCAAAGAGACAAAUGCCGUAGCAUGAGCUUAGCCUAGGUAGGCCACAUCCGCCCCGAAGGAACAUGUAGACAUCACCCGUACCUAUGUAAGGAUGAAGGUAUGUGUGUAGACCUGUAUGUAUCCAUGUACACGUACCAUGAAAACAAGCUGAUGGCACGCUCCCAGGACCAAGGAAACAACUCUCCAUGAUCCUGGUCACAUAGCAAUAGAACUAUGGCUCUGAGCCUGUGAUGGCUGCCCUCCGCAGAAGAUGAGGAAAGAAAUAACCAGGUGGGCCCGAAAGAGCCCAGCCCUCUCCCAACUCCUUUCCUUGGCCUGUUCCCUUCUGUUGCCCUGGGUUUCCUACCACCCCUCUUCCCACAGGGGAACAAGUGGGUGGGUCAGCGCCGGCCUGCUGGGCGAGCUGUUUAUGUCAUUUCCUGGCUGAUGUAUGAGUGUGCGCAUCUGGGCUUCUGACAGUGGCAUCCAUCACUCGCUAUUCCUCUGGGAAACGGGCGCUUCCAAAGUAAAAUUGCAAUCAUACUCCAGAUUUUGUAAAAGGGUUCUACUCCUCUGUGAAUCCAGAUUCCCCUUGGGUCGGAAUGGGAGUCAGGUAACAAUAUUCAUGGAGUGGAGAACAAUGUAUUAGGCACCACAAAAAGCAAUCAUCGUCCGUCAUGUGUCUGGAAGGGAGAGAGUUUUAGUACGAGGAGAAAGCACGCUGAACCACCACAGACGCAUGCACACAUGCACGCACACCCCAACUGAACAAGCAAGUAAUUAGACCUGCAUCAAAUCUGAGAGAAUCUUAAGAGCUUGUAGAGCAAGCCCUUCAUGGCUUGUUUGACCAAAACCAUAAAAAACUGUAUAAAUCAAAAGUCAUUGGAUCUAACCUUUCUGCCUCUUCCUAAGUAGCUGUGUGCCUCUCAAUGGCAUUUACUGGGCAGAAAUCUAAUCUGGUCAUGAAAGAUGACCAGGUCUGUGCUAUCCCGGACCAGCCAGUGUGAGCACAGAACAAAGUUUUCAGCUCACCACCUGGGGCAAGGGGGAAUCUGGAGGUGGAGGUCUGGUGGGGAACUGUGGGGUGGUGGGUGGGAAGCCCCUGGGUUGGGGAGGGGGAAGCAGACUGAUUUAAAGUUCAUGAUAAAGAACUUCUGUAUGAUUCAAGGGGUAAGACUCAAAUAAGCUGCCACUGAAAUGACCGUCUUUUUGCGGGUUUGAUUUUCUUUCUCAGGAUAAAGGACACGAAUGGCGCUUUUUCGAAGGAGGAGAUAUUUGACAACGUCAGAGGGUUCCAAUUAAGAGAGCAGUCCGGUUUCUGCUGUUGAGAGAGGGUAGGAGAGGAGUGGAGGGGCAGGGUUGCUGAGGCCAGGGGCCAGGCGGAUGCCUAAGAUGCCCAAAGGGCUUAGGACAGGGCCAGGUCUGAGGUGAGACUUGGGAGGAAGAUUACACAAGGGAGGAAGUCCAGGAGACUCAGCUGGGAGAACCGGGCAUUUGGGAGAGGGAAGCCCACGGGCGCAUUCUAUUAGGCACGAGGCAGAGAGUGGACUCGGUUUUGAGCUGUUUGUCAGCAGAUGUGGGAGGACGACAACACAGGAGGUUGGUGCCACCGCCAGCACAAAGGGGGGCCAAGGACUGGGCUGGACCCGGUCAGUGGGUGUGCUCUGCCUGGAAGCAACGGGGGCCUCCUGUUCUCGGGAAGCAGGCACCUUCUGCCGAAGGCUCAGCUCUGCGAGGGGAGGAGAGAGAAGUGCCAAGACCCGGGAUAGAAAGCAGGGAAAGCAGAGUCAGAGGACAGCCCAAGUGAGGAAGAGAGAGGAAAAGAGACAAAUAAGUUGUUUCUCUAAGCUUUAAAAAAAUGUGUGCAGAUAUCAAAACCUCUUCUAUGUGCCGUACAGGCAUAGCUGCAAGUGCCUGCUGAUGACGCGAGUAAGUGGCUGUCUCUGCGGGCCUGGGCCUGGCUAGUUUGCUUUACGAACAUAGUAGCCCCCUGAAGGAGUCACCAGUUUCACCCCCACCUUCCUGUGAGCACAGAGAGGUUCAUAGCCUACCUGGGGCCACCCAGGGGAGUGGGUUGCUGAGCUCAGAAUAAUCCAGAGCCUGCUCAUUUAACCAGCAGGCCCCGGGGUCGCCCGCCUCACAGCCUCACUCCCUUACCUUUCCACAGGUCCUGCUAAUUCACUGCAGCAAACCUCCAGAGCUCUGUGCAAGCACACUCUGUGUAAAUAGUGCUGGUUCUUCACUAAGCUUCUAAGCUUGCAGAAUACAGGCAGUUUCUGCUUCUUUUAUCUUUCUCUGUGUAUUAAAUGCUCCCAAGAGGUUUAAGUUUUGUAUUUUGGGUUUUUUUGGGUUUUUUGUUUUUUUUGUUUGGGUUUUUAUUUUUUUUUUUUAGUUAAUAAAGGGAUAAGGGAAUCACUGAAAUGUAUCUUUGGGGUCCUGCAAUUCUAACUUUGCAACUGUCUCAUGGAAGAAGUAUUUGCAUUAUUCAAAGGAUACUGAGAAACUCACAAUAACAUCACAUUCUGCAAGGAUUUCGGUACAGGGCAUCUGUCCUGGCUUUUUCAUUUUGGAGUGGAACAUGAUUACUAAAUCAGUAGGGAUCACUUCUUAUAAGGGAUUCCCCGAUCACACUCCGCCCCCCCCCCAAAAAAAAAAACAGCCCGUGGCAAAACUCAGCAUCACAGUGCAUAUUAGGGGAGCAGGCUUGCCAGGCUGGGCCCUGGAACAAGAGAGUUCAGCCACCAGCCUUCCAGAUCAGACAUUUCCUCCUAAAACAAGACAUGGCCGAGAUCAUCUAAGACUUUAGAACCACUUUACUUUAAACUGAAGAAUGGCCUUGCAGAAAUGCUUAUUUGAAAGCAUAAUAAAAGUAUAAUGAGAAGUCUGUGCCUUUUGUUGAAACGAUUUUCUGCUCUUCCUGCCUCUAGGAAUGAUUUUCUUUCUCCUUUCUUAUCACAAAGGCUCAGAACAAAUUCUCAUUGUUAUUUGAAGAAAGAGUCUCAAUUCUUCUACUACCCUGAAAAAGCUGCAACUGUGGGAUAUUGGCUUAUCUUUGGCCGGAGAAACCCUUGAAAAUCCCAGAACUGGGCUACAAUGAGACUAAGUAAGGCCCAGCACUCCCAGAACCGCAAUUCCCAAUGGCCCACUCGCCUUUGUAGCCCCAGCCCUUCCCCAGUAGUUGUCCAGUCCCCGGGCAGAUGGGUCCAAGCCAUGUACCCUCCAGAAUGGCAGAGGUCAUUGGUGGAUUCCAUCUGAAAGGCCCCCGCUGGCCUUUAGCACUAGGAGUUGCUGAGGCCUCCUGAGGUGGGAGUGGGAAGGGCCCCGCAGGGUUGUGACCUGCUGAGCUGCCCAGUGCUCCAGGCCAUGCCCAGCCUCUGCAGGUGUGCUCUGCCCUUGCACUCCAGGCCCCUGUGUCUGAGAGGGAUGCGGCUGCUGGAUUCCCCUUGGAAAUCCGCUGAGAACGGUUUUAUUUCGGAAAACAGGAGGGCAGUGUUUAAAUCCAGCAGAAGCAAAGGUGAACGAGGUGGAUACCGCUGGCAGUAAAAACACCAGGACAGAAGAGGACUUUAAAAAUGUGAAGCAUCAAGAGAGCAGCCAAAAAUAAUAGACAUCUGGCUUGGAGAAGGCAAGGGAAGAAUACAUAAACAUUUAUGUAGCAAGGCUCCUCCACUAUCCCUUCUCUCCAACCUCAGUGCCCCUGCCCCAGCCUGGACACUGCUCAUUGCUUUUCCACUAACUGCUCUCCAGUUCCAUGGCCUUCCCUCUGCCACGUACGCCCAACCCGGAGCGCAGGGAAAUCUGCUGUACUGAGAGGGAAUUAAAUCUUGAUUGUAGAAUUGUUUGCAAUCUUUUCUUGGGAUGUGCCAGAAUUGCAAAUAAGAUAGUAAGGGGCACUCACAGAUAAACAGUUUUUAUAAAGCCCAAACAACUGGAGUUUUAUAAUCACUGCUUCUGAGUUCCACUAACAGGGACACAGAAGCUUCUGUAACUACUUUCCUGUGUCCAGUCCCGGGUGGUGACUGGGGAAGACCAGAGAAGUGAUUUGUCCAAGGCCAUCUAGAUAAGCAGAGUCAGAAUCAGAUAUCGAACCCACAUCUAUUGAACUCCAAAGCCUGCUCUCACUGCAUUGUGCUCUCUCUAAUUGGACUGGUGGUGGCCACCUUUUUCUCACCUCCAAAUUGCCCACAGCUAGCUUUCUUACCAGCCUGUGUGUGUCUACAGAGAACCCUAGCAGUGCCUUCGCCCAGAACAGCUGGUGUCAAGUAUGGGAAAGCCAACUCGCAGUUCUGAUGAGUAGUGAGUAGGGCCGUGAGCAGCCUGUGCUGUAAAUGGAAUAUGUUUUUCUGUAGAAUAAAGGACCAGUCUUACCACCACCACCCACCACAGGUGAUGAUUCCUGAUAUUUCUAAGUCCUGGAGGUGAGUGGCAGAGCCAGUCAGCACCCACACAUGCACUGCCUCUGAGAUCAUUGCUCCUCCUGCCCCAACUACUGAGAGAUUUGGAAGUUUCUUUUCUUCCCAGACUAGAUAAUAAACCCAUUAACUAUUGCCUUAGGGGUAGAACUUGCAAAGACCACUCUAAAACAAGAAAGCUAAAAUACAAGAAGCCAACUGCUUUCAUACCCACUUCCUUCUAAACACCAGAGAGCCCCACCCCCGCCUGGAAGCCCUGGGGCAUUUGCCAGGAGCUGACCAAGUUCCAAAUGGCUGGCUCAUGAAUAAAUCCCAUGUCCUAUGCUCCCAGCAGAGAAAAGGAGGCCCUUCUUUGCGGCCCACAUCAUGAACUUUUCUAAUUAUUAUUCAUGAAAAUAUUCUAGGAUUUUUUUCAAGUUGUAAAUGUUACAUAAUAAAUUAUAUUUUUGGAAGAAGCAAAAAGAAACCUAAGUUUUAUUCAUCUAAAAGUUGGCAAAGAAAGUGCAGGAACAUCUCCCAGGAAAAAUUUCUUCUCUGCAGGGGAUUUUAACAGGUGUUAAUAUUUGCUUCCAAAAAACAGAUUAUAUUAAGGUUUAUAUGAGCUUGGCGAUUGCAGAGAAUUUGGGUCCAUGAGGUAGUUUCUAUUUUGAGGUAAUACUCUGUAAGUAAUAAAAUGUGAAUACUCU